AGGUUUUAUCCGCCCCCGAGGGAAGCGAGGAUGGGAGAUCCACGGGCUGGGGCCGGACCUGCCGCCGGCAGCACCCGGCGCGGGCGGGCCGUGUCUGUGCCUGCAGACGUGCCUGCAGAAGAGAAUAGGCUGCACGCUCACAGCCAGAUCGAGGCCCUCGAGCGAGCAAAACGCAGAUCCUGCCACGCCACGUGCCUGGCGUGAACCUAGCGCCAGAGGUGGCGACAUCGAAAUAGACGCAUGAUGUCAACCUGCCGAGGCUGUUCCGAGGGCAAGCUCUGUGCGGCGCACAAACCAGACACGGUAUGGCAGGCAUGGGCAUAACUACAGAGACAAGGCAGAGAGAGAACAAGGCACAGCGAGACAGAGGCACCAAGAGAUAGAGACCCAGAAGGGCGGGCACGACGCAAGGGACGGGAAGGACGGAUAGGGUGUGUGCCGGAAGAGCGCCCAUGUCAGGCCAGCACGCUGCUGUCCGAAAAAGAGCUCUCGCCUUGAGGGCGGAGAAUGUGGCAACGCCAGGCGAGCGUGCAAGCCGGGCGGGGCAGAGGCCGGGCGGCAGGCCCACGGCGCGGCGCCCCUUUCCUGCGGACCGAGCGGCCCUGGGCCCCAGCGGCGGCCGUGCCGCGCGCCGCCGGGUCCACCGCUCCUCUGCGCGGGGGGGCGCCCAACGCCCGCCUCCCCCGAACUCUCGGGCUCAGGCCCUGGCUCGAGCUCGAGCUUGGGCUCUGGCUUCGGCUCAGGCUCAGCAUCCCGCGGCGGCAAGAGGGCACAAAAAAUCCACGCGACCACUCGACGAGCGCAACCGCCGGACAACGAGACGUCCUCGUCGCCCGCAGGACGCAGCUCGAGGCGAGGCUACUCGUCCGCGUCCUCGGACUCGUCGUCGGACUCCUCCUGCGAAACGCCCAUGCGCCGCAUCCGCUGCUCCCGUUUCUUCCU